CUAGGCAGCUGCUCCAUGAAUCCAGCCAUUGGGGCAGAUGCAUCACCUGAUGUAGCUCAUGAUUGUCACCCACACCAGUGGAGUCCUCUCAGACUGGUUCUGAGCAGCCAUUUUACUUAUGAGCACAAUCUCUUUCCUUUCCCCACUGCAGCCCCUCUUGCUUUCCCUCUGCUGGGAAGUUAAAACCAAGGUCCUUGUCAUAUCCAGGAAUAUCACUGAACUUUCUGUAUCAGGAUUUGAUCACUUGUUAAGAAAGCCCCUAUCCCCACUCAAGCCUACCUGUACCCCCUUCCAUCAGAACAAACCUGAGCCUCUCAAUUGGUUGGAUUCUAACCCCAUGCAUGAAAGGGGAAGGGAGAGGGGUGGGAUUUUGCCUACAUGCAGAGCCAACCAGGUCAGUUAAACUGGUGCCAAACCAGUUCUGGUUGCAUUUUUCCCUAGAGUUUAGCAGAAGUAGAUUUAUUACUCAGUGGGGCAAAGCUUCUGCUGCAUAAUUCAGGGCCACAGAAGCACACAAAGCCUUACACCACAUCACAGUCCUGCCAUCCCUACAAGAGAUCAACUGAUCUGUACCUGAAUUAAGAGUAGUUAUACAGAGCACUAUCAGUUUACAUCAGUGGAACAAUUCUAGGUACAGGCCAAGCCUUGUUAGGCCCUUUUUAGGGUCACAGCUGCACCAGCCUCCCUCAGAUGCCAGUUCUUGCAAUUUUACAAGUUUCAUCUGGUGUUUCUAAAAGCCCCCAGCACCAGGAGGCAGCAGGUAAAAGCUUCUGCUUGCACCAAAUAGAAAGGUUUCUAGUCCUCUCCAUGGCAAAUUAUAAGCAGGAAGAUCUGAGCCCUUGCAAAAAGCAGAGCAAACAGACCUAGAAUUUUUUUUUAAACUUCAUAAUUUAAGAUAACUCUGUGGUGUCGGGCGGGUUCUGAACAGCUGAGGCUGGCAAGGAAGUAGAGCAUGCCUCAGAGAUGAAAACUGGCAGAAGUACAUGUACACGUGUGCACGUACACACACACACACACACUUUUUUCUGCCCUUUGGGCAAAAAUAUCAGCAGAUGCCUAUGGAAAAACUGCUAAAGGAUCAGUAGGUUUAUUGAACCCCCAGGGUUACAGAGAGCAGUUAAGGAAGAUAAGGAUAAUGGACCAGCUUGGUGAUUACUUCAGGGAAACUGAGGGAAGUGUGACCUCUGGACUUUGCCAUGACACAAAGGUGCAGUCAGGCUGUGGGAAGCUGGGAGAACCCACACAUUAAAAAGCAGUCAGGUCAGGUUCAUUUGUAAAGCAGGGAGCAAACAGUAUCUAAUCACGCUAAAAUCAGCUACUCCAGCAAAAAAACGGGGGCGGGGGGAGGAAAGGUGGGAAUUCUGCUUCCUUCUGCCAACGUGUCUCUAAACAGCCUCUAAUCUUAGAAUUGCUUGCUAUUUCCCCUGCUAAAGGUGGCAAGAGACAGGAGUAGCCCCCUACUUUAUGUGUGCUUCACUUUGCAGCUGACGCCCUGGAUAUAUGGAUAUAGGAACAGCCCUUCUAUGGAGGGUGCCUGAUACUUGCCAUUAUAAACUGUGCUUAGGAAGUUUUCCCUUUGAGAAGCUGCAUUAGGUUGCUGCUUUGCCUCUGCUCACAGGGUGGCUGGCAGGUGUCUGAGAGGCUAGGGGAUGGAAAAGAAAGAAAACUCUUCAUUGGAGGCUUAGCCCCCUGUCACCAGGCCCCAGAGCCACAGGUGCUGUGCAGAGAUGAAGAUAUCUCUUCAUGAAGAUAUCUGUAGGGAUAUCUGUUUCAUUGCCAGGGGCUUCUGCCUCUCUUUAGACACCCACUGUGGUCAUUAGGAUACCUUCUGUUUUCAGCUUGGCUUUGGUGUGCCAUAAGCAAAUCACCCUGGGGCCAAAACCGUGCCUUUUGUCCACUCUGCAAACAGAGAUUAGUAUCACACAGGCCAUUAGCAGGGAUGGGACCUAUACACCCAGAGCAAAGAUCUGUACCACUCGAACUGAUGCAUUAACCCAGCAGGAGAAGCCCUAUAUUGGGGUAGUGCCUAGUAGGGUCACCGCUGCAGUGUGUCAAACACCUCGCUGACCAGCAGGGGACACAUCAUGCCUCUGCCAACUUGUUCCAAGCCAGUUGCUGGCUAACAGCUGUUUUAUGGCAACAUUUAACUCACAGGUCAGCGAUGCAAUCCCCAUAACUCAAGGCACAGAGGACCCCAGGCUUAAGCUUACAAGGAACAGGUCCUCCUCUGUCUUUAUCACAGCCACUCAUUGAGAACAGACGCAGCCAGGCAGGGAGAGACACGUUUGCACUGAGUCACCUAGCGGAGCAGGAUAUGCCACCCAAGAAAUACUCCACCCUCCCGCUGUCCCUGAUCAACAGCACAGAAGACACAAGUGGAAACAGCCAGCUGCACCUGCUGUAGUACUGCACCUGAGGAGCUGGCCCCAGCUGAGUGCGAUCUGCCAGUUUGCAGCAUGUCCAUGCGUAAGAGCAGGGCAGUCGUGAUUGUGAACUAUGAGUUCUCCAGCAGUGGCUCUGAGGAGCCCCUCGCUCCCAGAAGAGGGGCUCAGAGGGAGGCAGACAAGCUGUCCCAAGUAUUAUCCAGCCUCAGCUACACUGUGCAUCUGUACAAAAACCAGACCGCCAAGAAGAUAGAAGAGAUUUACCAACAAGAGAGCCAAGAAGAGCAUGGCGAUUACUUUGUGAGCAUCCUGUCCAGCCAUGGAGAGGAAGGGGUCAUCUAUGGCUCGGAAGGCAAACCAGUCAAACUGACCCGGAUUUUCCAGACCUUAUCCCCACAGAGAUCCUCAGCGCUGGCUGGAAAAUCCAAGAUCUUCUUUAUACAGGCCUGCCGUGGGGGAGCGCUUGACUCGGGAGUGUGGCUGGAAACAGACAGCGCCCAGCCCGAGGAAGACAGCUUCUCGCACUACCUGGCACUUCCCGACAACACUGCCGUAAUGUUCGCCUGCAGUCCCGGCUACAGUGCUUUCCUCAACCCAGCCGGGUCCAUGUUCCUGCAGGCCCUGCUAGAGCUCCUGGAGGGUGAAGAGAGGCACCUCGAGCUGGCACGCCUGCUGACCCGCAUUAACUGGAAGGUGGCUUUCUACUGCGAGGCCCGGGGGACUUACAAGGGCAGCAAGGAGAUGCCCUGCUUCGUCACCAACAUGGUGCAUGAGGUGUUCCCCUUCUCCCAGCAUGCUGCGGAGGCAGCAGGCAGCCUGUGACUGCUCUGGCCCAGCCACCUUCUGCCUCCUACACAAGGUGAACUGCAGGUUAAACAACACUCUGAGAGCAAGGACCCCAGCACCCCUGCGGUGGAAACCAGCCAGCUGUGCCAAAGCCAUUUGAAUAACUCUCACUUGGAAGAGGAAGAACAGGUCUGGAAAUGUGCUGAUACAUGCUCUGAUCUUUCCAGCUGGAGACUCCAGAAAGCCUGCAAAGGACCACUGCUGGGCUGUUCUCUGGUUGUGGCAGAGCAGAACUGAUUAGAUUUUCUAUGCCUGCCUACAGCAUUAUUUCCCUCUGCUGCUGUACCUAAUCUGCAGACAUCUCUAUGCUGUACCAUGAGAAGAUACCCACGCUAACUCCAAUACCAGAAUCUGCCCAGUUACCUUAGCACACACCUAAACCAUGCAUCCUAAUGUUGGGGGAACAGCCUCCACUCAUGCUGCCUCUCUGGCACCUCUUGCCAUGGCAGCUGACAAGAAUGUACCUCGUCAGUACCCGCCUCUUAUCUCCACGUUACGGCUGGAAAACUGAAGCAAAGUGACGAGGAAAUUUGCCCAAGAUCUUGCAAGUAAUCUGCAGCAGAGGAAGGAAUUGAACAGAGAUCCCUGGAGCUGCAUCCUGAAGCACCGAGCAGGCCUUCCCCUCUCUGUAAGUUCAGCCUGUUGUCAGUUUGAUUGUAUUCAGCUUGCAAAGACUGUGGAAGGAUCUUGGUUUUGGACAGGCACAUAAAAACCCCAUACCCUCCACUGCUAUGUGGCCAAUAGCAAUGGCUUUCCUUCAGAAAUUGCCUUGGGUUGGGGUAGGUCCAUCAUAAGGCAGCAUUUUAGCUGCACUCAGUUAAGAUGCGGCAAUAUUGCUGUUCCAACACAAAAGCUCAGACCUCUAAAAUCCGCUUUACAUGACUGGAUUGGCUCACAAAUUGGCAGGCUGGUCCAGAGCCCCAGGGAGAUUGUAUGGAGUAUGUUUGGUGCAGGCAUUCCUAGGAUGCAGCUAAGGUGCCUUGAUCUUACGUGGUGAAGGACACAGGACAGAUUUCCAGUAUGGCACAGCAGAGCCCCUCCCUGAGCAUGCUCUGACCUUACUCUGAACCCAGAAUUGCAGCGGGAAGCCACUCCAGGGUGUCCCACUCACCUCCAGUCCCUCUGUCUGUGGUGUGCUUAACAGCCACCAGUUUGAACAUCCACGUAUCAACAAGGCCAAGGGGCUCUGGGCCCUGCUAAGCUCCAGAAACCUUUGCUCCAUGAUAGGCUAUUUGUGUUUAGCAAAGGUUUCUAUGGUCACUAAGUCUGUGCCCUCCCUGACUCCACAGGGUUUCUCUGUGCAGUUCCAUUGAUGCCAUCAAGAGCUGGCAAAGUGCAUGGUGCGCACAGCUUGGCUAUCUCAGGGAACUGCCAUUGCAGCAGAUGCACUCAGCAGCUAUAGACACAACCAUCAAUGCUAAAGACUUCUCUUACCCGGUGGCUUCCACAACCAAGUGCUCAGAGAAAGAAGACGGUAGCUGGCACCCUUAAAACAAAGGCAGUACUUUGCUUUAAUGUUUUAUUUUAGCUUUAUUUUCACACACCAUCCCUGCACUCUCCCCCAGGCAGGGACAAUGUCAUCACCUUCCUUCCUAGGCUCCAUGCCCUCUACCAUGACAGGAAGCUUUAAUAAAGUUUGAACUUUGCUAUCUCCAGGCUUUGUUUGCACUAGUUAAGUGUGUGGGUAGAAUGGGGCAAGAGGUUGGAUCCAAGGGGAGUUGGCUUUGCGAUUUGUAACAGGAAACAGAGGAUUAUAUGGCCAUAAAAAUAAUACAGGGCUGGAAGGGAUCUCAAAUCAGGUCAUACUGCCAGCUGCAGCACAGACCAACCCCAUCUGAACCAAACCUCACAAGCAGGAGUGGGGACAUCUACAGAGCACUGCACUGCACUGCACUGUCCUGCCCCGGCUGUUCAGUGCCAUCAGGAAGCACUGCUUUGCUAUCUUUUGGACAGACAAGGCCCUUUCCAGCCUUGGUUAGACUGCCAGCUCAUUAGAGGAGCCCGAUUUGAAUUGUAUAUGCCCCCAAAGAACACGCAAGCAAGGAGGGAUACCCGGAGGCUCUAAACCAGUGCAUCUCAACUGGGGUGUUGCAGCACUCUGGGGUGCCCAGAGGCCCUCCUAGGGGUGCCACAGCAGCCACCAGGUAAAACUGCUCCAUGUGCUCCCCCUGCAUUAGGACUCUCAUCAGCCUAAAAAAGGCAACAAAGCUACCUGGUACCAUGCAUUGCCUCCUGGUCCCGUCCCUCCUGAGAACAGCUGCUGUUGGGGGGGGAACAGUCCCAUCAGCUUGUGUUUCCUAAAGCAUAGGUGGUGUCAGACCAAGAAGCAGAGCACAGAGACAACUGCAGGGGAGCAGAGCACUUGGAAGCAGCAGAACCCAGCUGGAAAGCAGCAAGGUAAGCUAAGGCAGCACCAGUGGCAGUGCUCAUCCAGGAAUGCCACCGCCUUUGAAUAGAGUGGAGCUGAGGUGCUGAGAGCCUGCAAAGGUUGAGAACCCCUACUCCAGCCUGAGAGAGGUCAGGCUUCUGUGGGUGCAGGCAGGCAGCAGACAAGCAGUUCCCAGCGAGGGUGCAUUAAAUCUGAGCACAAGCUUUUCAUUUGAGUUUGCAAAACCUCAACUAGUCCACCCACGGGGACUGGUUUGCUUAGCUCAAUGGUUCUCAACUAAGGGUCUUGAGAGCCUUUCAGGGGUGUUGGAGCCUGCCGUGCAGUGUUAGCACUGCUAGGUGUGCAAACACAAUUCAUGCGAUAAAUGCCAAGAUUUCAAAUAGGAACCCACUGUGUUAAAGCCAUUCUGUCACAUUGUGGGCCAAGUUCUCUGCAACAGAAGAAUUGCUCUGCUGUUUCUCUGUAGUCAGAAACAGUAAAAGCAGAGCUGGCAUUUUCCAAGGGGUGCGCUGUAAUCCAGCAAGGCUGAAAACCACUGGCCUACCUAUUAUCUAUAGCUCAGACCAUGGCGGUGAGAAGAACUGUGUAGGUGAGCUAUGGGACAAGGCGCAAAACCCCGGUGAGCAUAACAUGCUUACUCCCCAUCGUAACAGGUUCAUCCAUGGUCAAAGCAGCACUACAAGCCUUUACUUGUCAGUCCAACGUGUUGAUGCAGCAAAGCUGUUUCCACAAAAAAAGCAAAGCUAAGCCCCAUGUCUGCUCCACCCUCCCUAGGCACUCUUGCAAGUAAAAGACCAAAGUGACAAGAUACCAGACAAAUCUAUUUAGCACCAUUGUUUCCACCAAGCACUAACGGAUUACAGUAAGUAAAUAGGAGGUGCGUGCAGGAGGUUGAGCUCUGGCAUUCAAAUUUUAUUUAAGAGAUCAUCAACUAGAACAGCAGGUGAUGCCUUGACAGGCAUGCUCUGUACCCUAAAGUGCUACUCUAGUCCUCACUCCCAGCAUACUGCCCUAGUUUCCACUCCCUGCCUGAUCUGCUGCCUGCCACACAAGUUUCUGGUAUCACUUGUAGCACAUGCUGUUGAUUGGCCACCCGUGACCUACAGCAUGCAGCAGUGUACAAGUGCACUAUGACUGAGACUGCAACAGCAUUUCCAUUUUAAAGCAGUUGGCUUUAAGAUGUGCACAGACUGGCACAAGCAUUUAGGGUGGAGCUGUGGUAGAAACAGCAAACGUGUGACUUGGUUCAGGGGGUUCUCAGGGCAGAGCCUUAUAAGAGAAGAGUGAGAGGUGGGUUCAGAGGAUGAGAAUCAAAAGCUCUGCUUGACUUCAUAUCAAACCAUAGACUUUUAAAAUGGAAGCUGCACCCAGCAAGCCCUUCACAUUACUGGGGACUCAGAAGAUACAGAUUUUACAUAAUAAAAAGGCAUCAAAACCACC